AUGGCUGGUUCACCUAGUACUAUGACUGGUUGUGCUGGCAAUAUGGCUGGUUGUGCUGAUACUAUGGCUGGUUAUGCUGAUACUAUGACUGGGUGUGCUGGUACUACGACUGGUUGAGCUGGUACUACGACUGGUUGAGCUGGUACUACGUCUGGUUGAGCUGGUACUGUGUCUGGUUGAGCUGGUACUAUGUCUGGCUGAGCUGGUACUAUGUCUGGCUGAGCUGGUACUACGGCUGAUUGAGCUGGUAAUACGGCUGAUUGAGCUGGUAAUACGGCUGAUUGAGUCAUCAACUCUAAGAAGACUAUAUCUAAGGUUGGAAAUUUUCAUUCAGUGUCAUUCUGUACAUGCAGUGGUAUAUUUUUCUGUGGAUCAUUCUGUCUUGCGAAUUUCAACAAAAGAUGUUGUCAUGGUCGACGAUGGCGGAGAAAUCAGGGAAAAAUCUUUUUGCCCUGGUCAAAUGUAGGAAGGAACGCUCUUACAGAAAGACAAAGAAUUCGUAUAGGCCACUACCAACGGCAAGAAUGUUUUGAACCCGCUGCACCCUUACCACCACCACCACCACCAGAACGGCGCACAGAACAGUUUGUACCUGCAGCAGCACAGCCACGGCGCCCAGAAUGGCGCCCAGCAAGAUGGCCACCAUUACAAAAUGCUGAAAUUACCUCAACAACUCGGGCAACCGAAGCUCGUCCUGUGGAGGUGAUUGUCAUCAGCGAUGAUGAUAUCUGA